CCCGCCACCAGACAAUACACUCACACAACACCAAUACUCUGCUUCAAACUCUGUAACUUCUAAUUUCUAUUAAAACCCGCCCCACUGCCACCCCUAGCUGCCGCGUCCUCUUCUCAGUAUGUUUUUGCCUGUUUUUGUUUAAUUUUGUUUUGUUGUAGAGGGUAACGUUCUGGUUUUUGUUAAACUUUGUGUUAAAUAACAUUUCGGUUACAUCCAACCAGAAAAGCACAAAAUAAAAAUAAAAUAAAAAAAAGAAAGAAAAAAGAAUGCAGUCUCUGACCCUGAGCAAGAGGCUCUCUGCAUCCAAGCCUAUCUUCAGAAUCUCUCCUAACCUCGUCACUCAAUCAUCAACCACCUCCUCCUCUUCCACCACCUCUCCGCCACCUUCGUCACCGAUCUCCACCGCAGAUGGCGGCUCCUCCUGCCAUUCCUUGGCUCUCCUCAGCUUACUCCGCGCUCCCAGGUCCGCUACCCAAAGCCUCCGAACUGGUGUCUCCGGAUCUGACGUUAGAGAUGCAAAUCUCGCUGGAGGCCAAGUGCGCGCUUAUGAGGUUCUGAAACUUUAUCGCCCCUGUUACGGAACCGGAAUAGCAACUUUCAAGGUUCAGCCUCACGGUGCAGCUGGUUAUGCCACUGCUACUACUACUGGCGAUAGCAUCCAGAGGAAGGAGCGAGACAGUGGAUUGAGGAAUGUAGGUCCGAAGACAAAGAGAGAGCAGCUGCUAAAAGCCACUGCACUUGUCCCACUUCUUUUGAUAUUCCCAAACGCCUAUUCCAUGCUCGCAGCGAAUCUCUUUGUAUUCUGGCACAUAAGUGCUGGUAUUGAAGAGAUUUUGGCUGAUUAUGUCCACCAUGAGAUGACCCGAAAUUACGUCGUGAUUGCUUUCAAAUUGUUCCUGAUAAUUGCAAUGAAGGAUGUGUUCCUGAAAUUUGUAUUUGUAUAAUCAGAUAGCUUACUAAAAUUGUGCUUGCAUUUCUGCAUAAUAAGAGCUCGAUGAGUUGUAAACAUGAGAAAACCCUUAUUUCCAGUUUUCAGUUGGUUAUUAGAGGUGAGGCAACAUGAUAAUUUUCUGAUCUAUAAAGUUAAUGAAUGGCUUUUAGUGUGUAUUGCUCAAAUUUUGGCAUU